AUGCAACCGAGGACGAGCCUACUAUUAGCCAGAAUCUUUGCAGCUUCAAUUAAUCUUUUAUUCAUUACAUGCUCUGCUUGCCUCAUAGGAUUAACUUUUCUGGCUACAAUCAAUCCUCCCCCUGCGGAUGUGGCGCCAGUUAGGGUUGAUACAUAUCCACAAUAUGUGAUUACUUUAUUUUUAAUAGCUGCAUAUGCCGUGUGUUUGUUUAUGUUAUCAUCUCUCGGCAUCCUUUCCUUAUGUGUGUUAAAUUCUUUUCUUCUUUCUGUGCAUAUUCUUUGUCAAAUAGCAAUGUUGAUAGCGCAGUUAGUUGCUAUAGCCUUCACCGUGACUGUUCGUAAAAGGGUUCAUGGCAAGUUAGAAGAAAGCUGGCAGGAACACCUAAAAUGCACGCCUGGAUCGGAGUGCGAGCCUUUAAAAAGAUUUCUUAGUUCCGAAAUGCUCCUUAUCUUCUUCUUAUGUUUCUUUUUGAUAGUCCAGGUUUGCCUGCUAGUUGCUACAGGCUACUUAGCUGAAAAGCAAUCAUCAGAAGAAAGGUCGAAGUUACAGCGGGAAAAAGAUGAAGAUGAUGAUUAA